AUGGGAAUCAAAGAGAAGCGGAAGGCAUUAUUAGGUUGGGAGUUUCCGAAGCUGGGAUUUGGUGUGAUGACAAAUUCCGAAGCUACAGCUGGGAUGGAACAUGAUCUUACUCUCGGAUUCAAAAGGAACGUGAUGAUGACUGCGUUAUCAAAUUCCUCUGAGGUCUCAAUGAAGAAUUCUCACAAGUUAGAUCUCAAAUCAUAG